CGGAGCCCAUUCAGGCAGCGGGCGCGCGAGGGGAGCUGCUGCUGCUGCUGCUGCUGGGCAUCCCUCUCCUCGACGGCAGCGAUGGGCUGGCGCCGGGCUGCGCGCCUCCUCCCCCUGGCCUUCCUCGUCCUCCUCCAGGUGGACGGCCGCCUGGCCGCCUGGCUGCCCCCGAGCCGCUGCGGCUUCGUCUUGGCGGUGCCCGACGGGCGGCUGAGUCCGGGCCAGCCCUUGAGCGGAGUCAGGUCUGCCGAUUGCCUGGGAGGGGAGCCAGUUCUGGGCAGCCCCGACCUCCGAGUGCUGGUGGAUGGAAACGUGGUGGCGGUGCGGCAGCACUACAGGCAGGCGCGGGAAAGGCCUUCCAGGGUGCAUGCCAGAGAUUCCAGAGGGAUCCAAUCAUCGGCCUCGGCUGUCCUGCAGAACAAAGGCCCCCCUUCUUCGCAGGAGGAACCGACGGCUGCCAAGCGGAUGGAAUGGCCAAAGUUCCCAUCGACCCUGAAGCGGCGGAAGCGAGACUGGGUGAUCCCUCCCAUCAGGAUGCCUGAGAAUGAGAGAGGCCCCUUUCCCAAGAAGCUGGUUCAGAUCAAAUCAAACCGGGAUAAGGAAACCAAGAUCUUCUACAGCAUCACUGGGCAGGGGGCCGACACCCCCCCAGAAGGCGUUUUCAUCAUCGAGAAGGAGACGGGGUGGAUGAAGGUGACGCGGCCUCUGGACAGAGAGAGCAUUGAAAAAUACCACCUUUUAUCCCAUGCGGUCUCUGAGAACGGCAAACCGGUGGAGGAACCGAUGGAGAUCAUCGUCACGGUCACCGAUCAGAAUGACCACAAGCCGAAGUUCACCCAGGAGGUUUUCCAGGGCUCUGUCAUGGAAGGAGCAACCCCUGGGACAUCUGUGAUGCAGGUCACAGCCACCGAUGCGGACGAUGCCAUCGAGACCUACAAUGGGGUCGUUGCAUACUCCAUCCUGAGCCAAGCGCCCCAGGAGCCCCAUCCACAGAUGUUUGCCAUCAACCGAGCAACGGGGACCAUCAGUGUGAUCGCCAGCGGCCUGGACCGAGAGCGAGUGAGGGAAUACACCUUGAUCCUGCAGGCAGCAGACCUGGAUGGGCUGGGCUUGACCACCACAGCAUCAGCAGUGAUAGAAAUUACAGAUGCCAACGACAACGUGCCCGAGUUCACAGAGUCCAUGUAUUCGGCAGAGGUGGCGGAGAACCUGGAAGGUGUGGAGGUGGUGAGGCUGGCUGUGACCGACAAGGACGAGCGCCAUUCUCCUGCCUGGCACGCCGUGUACGGCAUCGUUCAGGGCAACAGCGGAGAGCUCUUUUCCAUCUCAACGGAUCCAAAGACCAACGAAGGAAUUGUGACAACAGCAAAAGCGCUGGACUUUGAGACGAGAAAGCAGUUCGUUCUGCAGGUGGCAGUGGCCAACGAGGUGCCCUUUGCGGUGAAGCUGCCCACCUCGACAGCCACCGUGACCAUCAACGUGAUGGAUGCGAAUGAGGCCCCCGUCUUUGCACCCCCAGUCCUGAAGGUGAAGGUCUCGGAGGACAGCCCGGUGGGGCAGAAAAUUGCCACCUACAGGGCGCAAGACCCAGACACGAUGCAGCCCCAGAAAAUCAGGUACUUGCUGGGGAAUGACCCUGCCCAGUGGCUGGAUGUCCACCCGGAAACCGGCAUCAUCACUGCCAAGGCGCCCCUGGACCGGGAAUCCCCCUUCGUCCAGAACAACACCUACACGGCUAUCGUGCUGGCGGCGGAUGAUGGAAGCCCCCCAGCGACAGGGACAGGGACACUGCUGCUGACCCUCCUGGACGUGAACGACCACGGCCCAGAGCCCGACCGGCGGACGUUCACCGUGUGCAACCGCGAUCCAGCCCCACAACUGCUGCGCAUCUCGGACAAGGACCUUCCACCCCACACCUCCCCUUUCCAGGCGGAGCUGAUCCACAACUCGGAGGAGAACUGGGCGGUCGAGAUGGACAGCGAAGGGGAGACGGCCAUCCUGAAGCUGCUGAAGCCCUUGAAGCGAGAGACCUACGACGUCUACCUGCGCCUCCUGGACCAGCCGGGCAAGUCGCACCUGACCAUCCUCAGGGCAACCGUCUGCGAGUGCGAGGGAGAGGUGGAUGAGUGUCCGGAGGGGCAGAUGGCUAUCGUUGGGGCGCCCAUCAUCCUUGCCGUCUUGGGGGCCGUUUUGGCCCUUCUGAUCCUGCUGCUGCUGCUGCUGCUCUUCGCGAGGAGGAGGAAGGUGGCGAAGGAGCCGCUGCUGCUGCCGGAGGACGACACCCGGGACAACAUCUUCUACUAUGGCGAAGAAGGAGGGGGCGAGGAGGACCAGGACUAUGACCUCAGCCAGCUGCACAGGGGCCUGGACCCCCGCCCAGAAGUCCUCCUGCGGAAUGAUGUGGUGCCGACCCCUUUGCCAGGCCCCCAGUAUCGCCCCCGCCCUGCAAACCCUGAUGAGAUCGGCAACUUCAUCUGUGAGAACCUGAAGGCUGCUGACCUGGACCCCACAGCGCCCCCCUACGACUCCCUACUGGUCUUCGACUACGAGGGAGGGGGCUCCGAGGGGGGCUCCCUCAGCUCCCUCAACUCCUCGGCUUCCGAUCAGGACCAGGACUACAACUACCUGCACGAGUGGGGCAGCCGCUUCCAGAAACUGGCAGACCUCUAUGGGGGAGGCGUGGCCGACUAGGGGCUUCGCCCUGCAGCCAUACCCCUCCGCGAAGCUGGGCUGAUCGGCGUUGCUUGGCCACCCUGACCACCAUGGCACGUUGGAAGCAAAAGGGGCUGCUGCGGACUUUGGGGGGCUCCAGGAGACGAACCUUUGACCAUCUUGGCAAAGGGGCAGCUCCGACUCUGCUUCCUGGGCAGAGGGCAAAGGUGUCUCUUGAGGGGCCUCUGUCCUCAGAGGGGACCUGGCUGCAGGUCGUGAAGUCUUCACACUGCACCUCGGUCUGGGACUGCCCUGCUGCCAGGAGCUGGAGGUGCUGCCCAACACAGGCCUGGCGGGGGGGGAGGGAGAGAGAGAGAGGCUGCUGGAUGAUGCCCCCCCUCUGCCUUCCUGACCUCCUCUACUCUCAUGUAUUGUAGCUCAGUUAAGACUUGAUUUCUUUCCUCUUUUUAUAGCAUGUGUGAAAUAACUUGAUGAUCACUAAAGGGCUGGACAAUCAGGAUGUAAAGUUUUAAUAAAAGCUUUUUUUUAAAAAAAGGCACAA